CAGGCACACUCUAGUAAAAAUAUAUAAAUACAUAAAAGUCUGAUUGUAGAUAAUGACGUAUUCGCUUGAUCAUAAUGCAUAAUUUUUCAGUAAGUUCAUCAUAAUUCGUUCAUCAAUUAUUUCAUCAAUAUGUGUUUUGUUUGAAUCAUGCAUCCGUUUUCUACCGCUGUAGCUCCAGCCACUUCGUCCAGCUCUUCUGGGGCGGAUCCCGAGGCGUACCCUGCCGGAGUCUCUCGGCGGUGCCCAGGGUCGUCCCCGGGGUCCCCUUCCAGGGGGCUGAAGCAGGGAAACCCAGAUUCCUUCUCCAUCAUCCAGCAAUUCCAGAAGUUUGUCAACCGCGUGACUCCUGCGGAAGACCACCAUGGGGAGUCGUCAGGUUGCCGUUAAGCUCCGGGUCAGUCCGUCCAGAGGCCUGGUGGACGAAAAAUUGGCUAUCCUGGUGCAGAGUGCGCCCCCUGGGGCCCGGCUCACCCUCCACGCCUUCCACCGUUGCGAGGAUGGACACGGUUGGGAGGCCUUCGCUCACUACCUGACGGACGCUGCGGGAUCCCUCAACGUAUCCGAGGAUCCUAGCCUGGGAGGGACGUACUACGGGGUGGAGCAGAUGGGUCUUCUGUGGAGCAUCAGACCAGUUCCAGGAAGCAAACCUGGACUGAGGAUGAGGAAGAUGAAUGUGCAGACCCCCAUGGAGUUCACCAUCUCCGUCUAUCGGGACCACAUUACCGACUUCACGAAUCAGGUUCCGCAGGCGUCCCAGCUGGUAGAGCGCUGGUACAUGGCGCCCGGCGUACUCAGGAUCCCUGUCACAGACCACGGACUGACGGCGACCCUCUUCCUGCCUUCAGGUCCCGGACCGUUCCCUGCUAUCCUGGACCUGUGGGGUGGUGGAGGCCAGCUGGUGGAGUACCGGGCAGCGCUGUUCGCCUCGCACGGCUUUGCCGCGCUGGCUCUGGACUACAUGAUGCCAAAGAUUACUGUGGAGACUGGCAAGAUGGUGGACAACACCUACUUUGAGAAGGCCUUCUCCUUCCUGCUGGAGCACCCUGGGGUGCUGGCCGAGCGCGUGGCCCUGUUCGGACUCUCCUUUGGAGUCAGCGUCACGCUCAAGAUGGCCACCUAUUCACACGUUGUCAAGGUUGCCUGCGGCUCACAUAAAACAAGAACAUACUGUGACCUUUUAGUCCUACACUGUGUGUGUGUAUUCCAGCCCAGGUGUGUGGUGUGCAUCAGUGGAAGUCACGUCCAACCCGUAGAUGGAAGUGUGGCGGACAUUUUAUCUUACUUUGAUCGGAAUGCGCACAAGGCUCAACUGAAUGACAAGAACCAGGCCAUCAUGAGAAACCUGCUGCUGCCAAUCCCGAGCGAUCCUGCCUUCAAAGUUGACGUGGGACGUGUGCAAUGUCCUCUCUUGGUGGUUGUGGGCGAGGAUGACCAGAACUGGCCCGCCUCAGAGUCAGCUAAAGACAUGAAGGAGAUGAUGGAGCGUGCAGGAAACGUCCACCUGCUGACUGUCCUAUCUUACCCUAACGCAGGACACUUGCUGGAGCCUCCGUACUCACCACACACCAGAGUCAGCUCAUUCAGAUCUGUAGGAAGUCGGCAGAAGCUCACGGCUCUCUGGGGAGGCGAGUGUGCGGCACAUUCGCUCGCUCAGGAGGAUUCUUGGAAGAAGACCCUGGACUUCCUGCGUCACCAUUUGUACUCUUGAAAACUCUACACCGGUGCACCCCAGAGAAACCACAACAAGUCAGAAUGUACUUGGGAUGAACUGUUGUGGUUUACCCAGAAUCGCCACACACUGAUCAGUAGGUUCACGACCGCUACCUGUACACGUUACGGAGGAUGGAGGUGGAGUGUCUAAGUCUGACCAGCAGAGAAGAGCCUUCGCUGCUUGGUGUGGGUGUCCAAAGGGGAGACUGACAUUCUGCAUAAGCAAUAAUUAUAUAACAUUUGUGAAAGUCUGCAAACCAUAAAUCUUUCUAUAUGCAGUAAGUUAUUGAGAAUUGCAUUUGGAGUACAUUAAGGUUCAAUCGUCAGCCACACAAUGUUUUCUUCACCUUGCCUCAUUUUCAUCUAUUUUGUCACAUUAUUUGUGUACCAAGAGGUGUCACGCUACAUGUAUUAGACAUCGCAUUUGUAUGCACUGUCAGGUCUGCCGUUUUGAUUACAUUUUUCUUUAAAAUAAAAUUUUGAAUGAGAAUUUAGCGCAGGUACAGCCUGCUCAUGCAGUACCGUGAGAAGCACAACAGGGGCGAGUAUUGGCUGAGGGCUUGACGCAGUAGCAGGAAGAGGAACAGGAUCUAGUGGCGAAAGCCAUUUGGCCUUUAACCGUACUCAACAACCACUUAGAUGUGUUUAAAAAAAAAAAAAAGGAAAAGAAAAAGUCAUUACAAACAAAACAGAACAUUUAGAAAGGGAUCCGCUCACUCUUUUUUUUUUCCUUAUGUAAUUGAUGACCUUUCUUGCUUUCAUUUAAUGUAACAACCAAUCAUUUAAUGCAAUU